UUGCAGCACUCUGCCUGGAACGAAGCUGCUGCGCCCGAACCAAUCGAGCAUGAAGAGUCUGGCGUUGCUGGUCGUCCUGGCGGGGGUCGUUGCUGCCCACCCCACCUCGGACGGAGCGUGCAAGCUGACGGCGGGCUUGCGCAGGGGCCGCCACUCCCACAGGCUCGGCGGCCGCUUGCCUCCCUGCGUCCGGGGGCUGAAGCCUCAGGGGGACGAGUUCAAGGACUGCUUCAAGGAGAACCUCCGCAGAUUCCGCUUCAGAAAUGGAUUGCGAAAUGGAUUCGAAGGGAUGGUAGAGUGUUUGGUCGAGAAAAUGGGCCUCGAAACAGAAAACGGGACCCUUGAUGUCGAACAGACAGUCCUCAAGAUGAGCGAAUUCGAAGGAUAUGAUUUGGAGGCGAUUGCCAACAUCCAGUCAUCCGUAGAGGAAUGCGCCGCGAACUCCACCACCAGCAAUGCUACCGAGCAACUGACGGAAAUCGUGACGUGCGUGAGCAACAAAUCACGCGAGUUCUGCAACGAAAGGCUCGAGUUGCUGAAGACUUGGGACGAAAACGCCAACUGCAGCUCGGUGUCAAUUCCCACGGAUACCCUCAACAUCAUUGAAGAGUGCGAAUCAGACGACGACACCCCCAGACGCCGAGGCCCACCCAGAAGACGCGGGAAGAAACGGUCAAAACAUGGAGGCCACGGCAAGAAACUGUGGUCUCAGAUCUUGUGCGUCAACGAAAAUAUUGGUUCGUACAAUGCUUCGACAGGAUUCAAUUUCACCGUCAUUGCUGAACACAUCGCCACCUUCUCCGGCUGGGACACUAUUCCAGGGGCUCUUGAAAACCUGACGGAAAAGAUCAUCGAGUGCCAGCCCGAAUUCGAGGGCGACGCUCAGGCACAGGCAGUCGAGUGGAUGUUGUGUGUACGCCCUUCUUACGUGGAAAUCUGCGGUCUGGGAGGCGAUCUUACCGAGUACCUCUUCCCGGGUUUAAGGAAAAAGGGCAAGGAUUCAAGCGAAGAAGAUGAUGAUGACGAUGAUGAACCAUGCACAUGUGACAUCUUCCCGUCCCGAAAACUCUUCGACACGUUGAGUUUAAACGAAGAGACUGAUGACUUGGUCGAGCUCGACGAUGUGGAAAUGCUGUCCGUGGAAGAUGAUGGCCCCCAUGACCCCGAGCUUAAGCUGGGUCAGAUGAGGAGACGAUCCAGGAAGAUUCACCAGCGGCGCAGGAAGAACUCGUCCGAGGAAUCGAACGAAGACCGAACGCCGGACAACUCACCGGAAACGAGCGCCAGUGAUGAGUUGACGACCGUCGCGUCAACAACAGUGUUCCCGUAGCUUGAUGAUGGACGCUGGUCUGGAUCUUCGGAUUUCGUGGCAAAGGGAUUGUGCGGGGAGAGGAUUUCAGAUAUAAAGCGGGGGGUAUUUUCCAUUCUGGAUUAGGCUUUGGAUUUUGGGUACUAGUUCUUAGAAGAGGGAAGUCGAAGAAAUAAGUUUUGAGUCUAACUACUUAUAUUGCAGCAUUUGUUUAUGGAUGUAGAUCUAUGCGUGAAUAGUAAUGUAUGCAUAUGUCAGCAGUUAAUGAAAUCAUUCAGAAUAUAUAGUGAUCAGAUCGGACAGCUAAGUAAAUGAGUGGCACGUAUCGCCACUGAAAGUGAUUGUCCUAAAUCAUGACUAUAAAGCUUACAAUGAAAGUGUUAAAAAAAGAGGAUGUGAAAAUCCAUGGUAACGAAAACACGCCAGCAAUCUCCAUUUCGUUUCCAUAAUAUAUUAUCACUAACAAGAAAUACACCAAUUUCGUUGUGAAGGGGAUGAAACAAGUCACAUCUAGAAUGUAUUCAGUAACAUACGAAACUAAAGAAAAAUAUGUGAUAUUUUUCCCGAACAAUACUUGAUCAGCUGUCUUCCAAACAUGUAGAAGUAGAAAGGUAUACAGUGUUUGACCUAUCCUGUUACGCUAUUACCUACAAUUCCUUGUAUCACAAAUCUCAGCCUAUCAUUCAGUACCAAAAUACUUCAUUCGCUAUGCUGUUUUGUUAUUGUAUCGCUAUAUGCAGAUGUUAAAAGAUGUUUUCAUUUUAUUUGUUUGAUGGCACUGUUUGAGAAUUAAAGCACUGCAAUAAUA